CGUACGCGACCAUCAUGAAAACUUUAGUCUUCAUUACUGCGCCGGUGGCAGUCGGUAUGGUGAUUAGACACUAUCGUCCGAGAAUAGCCUCAAUUGUUACAAAGAUUUCGAGCAUCAUUGGAUGGGUGGGGGUAAUAUCUGCCUCAGUCAUCUGGGGCAUCUUGUACUGGUCGGUGUUCGCUGCCGCCACUCCUCUGCUCUACGCCUGCUCCUUCAUCCUCCCAUUCCUGGGCUUCUCUUUGGCUUAUGUAUUUGCUCGUCUCAUGUGCAGGACUCAUAAAGUUUGCAGAACUAUUGGCAUAGAAACAGGAUCCCAAAACAUGGCGGUUGCUCUCAGCGUGAUUUUGAUGUCAUUCCAGGACCCAAAAGUAAAGGCGAGUAUGAUCGUUUUUCCUACGUUGUAUGGAACAACUCUACUGAUAGAAAUGUUCACUGGCAUCGGACUGUUCCACAUGUGGAGAAGAUGUCGACAGAAACCUGACGACGAAUAUCUGCCCGUGGCGCACACAGCUGCUCUCGUGAAGUCCUCUUCCGGUAGACAAGAUCCGCGCAGCUUCACACAGAGCUCUUCAUUUUAAUAUAAAACUUCAACGUUGAUACUAUAAACUGUUAGGCGCACUUUACAGUACGCUUAGAAAGCAACCUUUUCUCGGGAUAAGGGAUCUCUGCUCGCCGCUGUGGAAACAACCGAUUAACUUAUGUCAGAAGGUGAUUGUCAUCACAAAAGAAUUUGUCGUCUAUAUAGAAAUUUGUCUAAAUUCGUAAAAAAU